AUGCCAGAGAGUCGAGAUACAAGCAACGAGGGGGAAUCACGUGAUUCGAUACCGUUGCCAGAACAAGACACCGAAGAAAGCACCGAAGAGAGUUCAGAUGAUUCAGAUUAUAGCUACUAUGAAGAAAAUAAUAAUAAAAAAAGAAAAAGG